CGCACAAGGGGCGUCCCCAAGCUGGUCUAGAACUAGGGAAAGAAAGUAGGAAAAAGAAUAAUAAUAUUUAUUAAAAGCAACGAAUUUUCCGCUGCAAUUUACAAGUUACAAUUUCAGAAAUUUCUUGCUUAAAAGCCUUUUAAAGGGAGGCAGAGGAACCAGAGAAAGAAUUUCCCCCUUUUUUAAUUUUUCUCUUCGGCUUUCAGGUUUUUUCCUUUCUCUUUUUCUAGGCAUCCAAACAGAAGGUAAGGUGGUGAUGUUUUCCAGGGGAAUUUGAGGUCGUUGUUUCGGUGGAAUUUUCUCGGGAAACAAGCGGAAAGUGUUUUGUUUUUGUAAAGGGAAGAGAAGAGAAGAGACGAGGAAAGAUGAUGAUGAUGUCUUCGGCUUCAUCGUCAGCAGCAACUGUAGCAGUGGACAAGGCGACGAGCGAUCUUCUAAUCGGUCCUGAUUGGACUAUGAACAUCGAUAUUUGCGAUUCUGUUAAUUCUAAUCAUUGGCAAGCAAAGGAUGUUGUAAAGGCUGUGAAGAAAAGGUUGCAGCACAAGAGUUCUAAAGUGCAAUUACUUGCUUUGACGCUUUUGGAGACAAUGGUGAAGAACUGUGGUGACUAUGUCCAUUUUCAGAUUGCUGAGAGGAAUAUAUUGGGUGAGAUGGUCAAAAUUGUGAAAAAGAAGGCAGAUAUGGUUGUGAGGGACAAAAUCUUGGUUUUGUUGGACUCUUGGCAGGAGGCAUUUGGUGGUCCUGGUGGUAAACAUCCUCAGUACUACUGGGCAUAUGAUGAGCUAAGGCGUUCUGGAGUAGAAUUUCCCAAGCGUUCAUUGGAUGCUUCUCCUAUCUUUACACCACCUGCUACCCAUCCAACCAUGAGACACAAUCAUCCUGGUUAUGGAAUGCCAAGCAAUUCUUCUAGAAGGCUUGACGAAACAAUGGCUACAGAAAUUGAAAGUUUAAGUUUAUCUAGCUUGGACUCUAUGAGGGAUGUUAUGGAGCUCUUAAGUGACAUGCUGCAAGCUGUUAACCCCGAUGACCGUGUGGCAGUAAAAGAUGAAGUGAUAGUUGAUCUUGUCAACAGAUGUCGUUCCAACCAGAAAAAGCUGAUGCAGAUGCUAACAACUACUGGGGAUGAGGAACUUUUAGUGCGAGGUCUUGAACUAAAUGACAGUCUGCAAAGCUUACUCGCCAAACAUGAUGCCAUAGCCUCAGGUUCCCCCUUGCCAAUUCAAGUUACUAAUGCAAGCUCCAAGCCAGCUGAAGCAAGUACCUCCAACAAAUCAAAUGAAGUGAAGAACUCAAGCCUAACACCUAAUAUCAGUCCAUCUGCACCCAUUGCCACUGUGACAAGAAACCAGAUUGAUGAAGAGGAAGAAGAGGAAGAUGAUUUUGCACAGCUAGCUAGAAGGCAUUCUAGAGCACAGUCCACAUCUUCUCAGAGCACAUCUGCUGGAACAAGUGAAGGUAUUGUGCCCAUCAACAAUACUGCUCCAACAACUUCGUAUGUGCCAGCUGCCUCAACCUCUACUCCAUGCAAUGCAUUAGCUUUGCCAGAUCCACCUGCACCAGUUAGGACUACAAAAGAACAGGACUUGAUUGAUCUUCUAAGCAUCACCUUGUCAACAACAUCAGCUUCCUCCCCCCAUACCCCUCCUACACCGUCUGCAUCUUACCAAAAUAUGCAUCAGGUACCUGUUCCUCCUAGUACACAGGGAUAUCCUUAUGCUUCCCAAACCUAUCCUGGGAGUCAGAGACAGCUGCCAUAUGAUAGUUAUGUUGUUCCUUGGGCCCAGCCUCAGCCUCAUCCACAGAAACCAUCCCAGCCUCAAAUCCAGCCACCAUAUCAUUCCCAACAAGAGGUACGCCCACAAUCUCAACAUCAAAUUGACCAACAAUCCCAAUCCCAAACCCAGUUCCACACAGAUUCCCAAACUCAAAUCCAGUCAAAUUCACUGUCUCAGGCCCAACCUCAGUUCCAAACACAAUCCCAAUCUUUACCCCGGCCACAGUCCCAGCCAUUGCAGUUACAGGCAUCAUCCCAAAUUCAACUCCAGCCACAAUUACAAUCUCAACCUCAGCGCCAAGCGCAACAGCAAAAUCAACCUCACCUCCAAGCACAGUCCCAAACACAAACUCAGUCAUUCUUACAACCUCAACACCAGCCACAAUUUCAACCUCAAUACCCUCAAUACUCAUCUGGGUACCCCCCUCCGCCAUGGGCUGCUACUCCAGGUUAUUUCAACAGCCCAAAUCACCUUUCCUCUGCAAAUAACAUGUUUUCUACUCCCCAAAUGAACGUUGCCACAUCAAAUCCCAUAAUAGGGAAUAGGCCCUUGCAGCAUGUUAAUUCUUUCCCUGCAAGAGGAAGCAAUGGAGCACCAAUGAAUGGGGAUUCCUGGGCGAGUACAGGUCAUAGGAACCCCACUCCCGUAGCAGGACAGAAGCCCUUCAUUCCAUCAUACAGGUUGUUUGAAGAUUUGAAUGUGCUUGGAAAUGCAGAUGGAAGGCUUAAGAUGACAAGCAGUACAUCCCCUAGCUUGUCAGGUACUUCUAGCCAAAGUAUGGUUGGUGGGAGGAAGUGAGACACUUAAGCAUAAUGUGAAGGGUAUGUCCAUGUGAAAAUGGUGUAAAUCCGUAUCUAACGUGGAAUUGUCUUUUUUAGAUUUGAUUGUUAUUCAUUAUUGUCAUAUUAUAAUUUUUCUUUGUGGUGCAUGAUAUGUUUAUAACCUCUGCCACUUCCAUCUUCAGAAUUAACGUCUAUGCUAAAACUCACUGGGGACUUAAACCUUCCGGUUUAACGUAUGAGCCCAGCUGCAUCAACAAGGUGAUUCCUGUUGUACACGUUGUUUGAUUUAUAAAUUUAUCAGCUAAAUAAUUGUUCGGUGGGAUUGUAAA